AUGGCGGGUGUCCAGGCGUCGACAAAGCGGCUGGAGAGGAGCGGUCACACUGCGUUCAUCGACGGCAAUAACACGCUGUACGUGUGGGGAGGCUUCCAGGCUGUCGGCAGCGAGGAUGUCAUGCUACCCAGUGAUGAGAUCUGGCUCUGCGACUUGGACAAUGGCGUUUGGCAACGGCGGGAAAUGGUUGGGGAACCCCCCCCACUCCUGAUUGGCUUCUGCGGCUCGUACGUCAACGGCUCGUUGUACGUCUUUGCGGGAUAUGACGGCCAAACUUACAGCAACCAAAUGUUCAGCGUGGACCUCACACAGCAUUGCUACCUGUGGAAGAAGGUGCCAUCCGCCAAAGAAACGACGCCUUCUCCGAGGAACAAACACAGCUGCUGGGUACACGGAAACAGGUUGGUCUACUUUGGCGGCUACGGAUGCAAGACCCUACGGGAGGCAAGAAACAUGCAGUCGACAAAUUUCAUCAUUGAAGAGAUGACUUGGAUUACCAUUGGUGACGUGUUGUUUCGAUGCUGGGGCUGGCACAACGAAGUCGACGUGUAUGACACGCUUACUAGCACCUGGAGCGUUCCUGAGACGAAGGGUACGCCGCCACUCCCUCGAGGCUGCCAUGCCAGCGCCAUGGUGGGAAACAAAGGAUAUGUCUGUGGCGGCGUGGAACGUGCAGAGUUGGACAUGUACUGCUUGGACCUGGACACAUGGAACUGGACUCAAAUUGAGGCCUUGUCAUCCCAAAUACCGCCAUGCCGCUCCAUGCACACUAUGACGCUCACUGAAGAUCACACCCUCUUUGUGUUCGGUGGUCUGGCCGUAGAUGGGGAAACUCUCAAUGACUGCUGGCAGUUCGAUACGCUGCUGAGAGAGUGGCGUAAGAUAACUCACCCUCACAGGGACAAACCCAGGGUGUGUCACACUGCAUGUCUGGGGAAUGACAAAGAUGUGGUCAUAUUCGGGGGCAGCAGCAAGUUAUCCAUUGCAAUGGAUUCGAUCACAGUGUUGAGGUGUCCGUCGCAGACUCACAGCGGUGAUGUGUUGAUCAUCCAAACUCAGCCAUACCCCCUCUACAGGUUGUGUGAGGACUUCCUUGGAAGCAACUUCGAGGUAUUUUCACAACACCUCGACAGGCUGCCGGCAAAGCUGCGUGCCAAAAUCGAUAAGAGAAUCUCGUUCUUCUCCAAGACACUUUCGCCCACUUGA